AAAGAUAUUCAUUCAAUCUUUAAAUAAUUAUUUUUUCAUUCAUCAAAUUAAAUCAAAAGAUAUUUCAUUUAUUUAUUUAUUGUCACUUCAAAACCGGAAAUUACGGUAGUCGUAAUCCUAUUUUUAUUGACCAAAAAAUUUCCUGUCUAGUGUUUUAAACAUCAAAAUAUGUCAUAAAUCAGGCAAAAUGAAUCAUUUCUUUACAUUCUAAUUUGAUUUUGUUCUACAUAUAUCAUCGAUAAACAGUUCAUCGCAAUAGAAAAUGUGUGCCUUGCCAGGAGCUCCUCCUGCUCCACCCCCGGGUAAGAGGAAAGAGAUAUAUAAGUAUGAUGCCCCAUGGACAGUAUAUAGUAUGAACUGGAGCAUAAGACCGGAUAAAAGAUUUCGCUUAGCUCUUGGUAGUUUUGUGGAGGAAUAUAACAACAAAGUACAGAUUGUCUCCCUUGAUGAAGAAACAUCUGAAUUCACAGCCAAGAGUACCUUUGAUCAUCCAUACCCUACAACCAAAAUCAUGUGGAUUCCUGAUGCAAAAGGUGUUUUCCCAGAUCUGUUAGCUACCAGUGGUGAUUACCUGAGGGUAUGGAGAGUGAGCGAUAAUGAUACAAGAUUAGAAUGUCUCUUAAACAAUAAUAAAAACUCAGAUUUCUGUGCACCAUUGACAUCAUUUGACUGGAAUGAAGUUGAUCCAAACCUCCUUGGAACAUCAAGUAUAGAUACAACAUGUACAAUUUGGGGGCUUGAGACUGGCCAGGUCCUGGGAAGAGUCAAUUUGGUAUCUGGUCAUGUAAAGACACAGCUUAUAGCCCAUGACAAAGAGGUGUAUGAUAUAGCAUUCAGUCGGGCAGGAGGGGGCAGAGAUAUGUUUGCCAGUGUUGGUGCAGACGGUUCAGUUAGAAUGUUUGACCUUCGACAUCUAGAACAUUCUACAAUUAUUUAUGAAGAUCCACAGCAUCAUCCAUUACUAAGACUAGGGUGGAACAAGCAAGAUCCUAACUACCUUGCAACCAUGGCAAUGGAUGCAUUAGAGGUAGUGAUUUUGGAUGUCAGAGUACCUUGUACACCAGUAGCUAGAUUGAAUAACCAUAGAGCAUGUGUCAACAGUAUUGCCUGGGCUCCACAUUCUAGUUGUCACAUCUGUACAGCAGCUGAUGACCAUCAAGCAUUAAUAUGGGAUAUACAGUCCAUGCCAAGGGCUAUAGAGGAUCCUAUCUUGGCUUACACAGCAGCAGGGGAGAUAAAUCAGAUACAAUGGUCAUCAACACAGCCUGAUUGGAUCGCCAUAUGUUAUAACAAUAGUCUGGAGAUUCUUAGAGUGUAAUUUAUCAUAUGAAUGUUUCAUGUAAAACCAUAUUGAAUUGAAAAAAUGUAUUUGUAAGAGGUGUUUUCUUUUACCAAUUAUUUGGGGUAAUUAUUUAUUACCUCCCUUUGGUAACAUGGUUUAGGAAAGUCAUCUUAUAGGUCAUCAAACACAGCCAGUUUGGAUCUCCAUAUGUUAUAACAAUAGUCUGGAGAUUCUUAGAGUGUAAUUUAUCUUCAGAUUGUUCCAUGUAAAACCAUAUUGAAGUGAAAAAUAUAUUUAUAAGAGGUGUUUUCUUUUACCAAUUAUUAUGGGUAAUUAUUUAUUACCUCCCUUUGGUAACAUGGUUUAGGAAAGUCAUCUUAUAGGUCAUCAAACACAGCCAGUUUGGAUCUACAUAUGUUAUAACAAUAGUCUGGAGAUUCUUAGAGUGUUAUUUAUCAUCAGAUUUUUCCAUGUAAAACUAUAUUGAAGUGAAAAAUAUAUAUUUAUAAGAGGUAUCUCAUUUGAUCAAUUUUUUCGGGGUAAUUUUUGAUUACCUCCCUCUAGUAACUUGGUUAAGGAAAGUCAUCUUUCAUAAGUAUAUGUAAUUUUUAACUUUUCUAGUUAUCUCCCUUGGAUUAUUUGGCAGACAUUUUCCAAUAUUUUUUAUUUUUUUAUUUAAGGAAUAUAAAUUAAUAACAUGAAUAAUGUGAAAAUACAUAGCUAGGUACUUACCUUGCAGACAAGGAAAUUUGGUUGAAAUUAUCUCCCCUUGUAUUUUAAGUAGGCCAAAUUAUAAUAUAUUAUAAUCUCCCUGGCAUAUUUAUUAUAGAUGUUCAUUUUGUUUCUGGUUAAAAGGUGUUUUACCUCUACAAUGGUCAAGAUUUCUGUGGAUUCAUUUUUUAUCAUUCCUGAUAUUCCAGAUUUUUAUUACUUUUAUAAAAAGACGUAAACAAGAAAUUAUAUAAAUAUUCAUCAAAAUUUUUAUUUGAAAUAUCGUAUUUUUUUGUCAGUUUGAACUAACAAAUUAAAAGAAUUGACCAUUGUCGUUACAAUUUUUUUCCUAAAACCAUGAAAAACUAUAUUCUGAUAAAACCUGACAAAUAUAUAAAGGGUUUUCAAGUUCCUGAAAUUUGGAAAUAUAUCUUCUUGGAAGUAUUCAUAUGCAUUCAUUCAUAAACUGCAUUUUAUCAUAAUGAAUUUAACAAAGUUUCACCUUUUUUUUAUUUUUCAUUCCAAACACACAAAAAUGUACAUAGGCUUAUUUAUAUUUCAGUGACAUAUUAUGUUUUUUUGUACUCCAGCAAAGGAUGGACGUAAACUGCCAUUCGUUGUUUUUUAACGCAUUAUUCUCAUAAAAAUGUAAAAAUCAUGCUGAUCAUUCAUAUCUUUUGUACAUAUAUAUAUAUGCAUUUUAUUUGAAAUCUCAUUUCCUGUUAUAUCAAUGCCAAAAUUUUCAGUGAACACACAAAAUAUUAUGAAAAUAAGUAAUGGCUAUUAAAGUUAUAUAAAGGCAUAACUGCUUAUAUGCGAACAACUAAUACAGGUUAAUUUGUUGUAUUUAAAAAAAAUAACCUGACCUGAAUAAUUUUGGUUUGAACAAAUUUAAAUGUUUUUUUUAUAUCUACAUCCUGCAUUAUUUUGGUUUCAAGAAAAUUAAGGAUUUUUUAAUAUCUACAACCUGAAUCAUUUUGGUUUCAAGAACAUUUAGGAUUUUUAAAUAUCGACAGACCUGUAAGGAUUGGAACACUUUGACAGCUUACAAAUAUAUGUGUAUAAUGAAGAGCAGUCCAGACAUGAAAUGUUCAAUUAGAGAAACAUUUAGAUAGUAAUACAAUUCUAGUAAGUAGAAUUAGUCGAUGUAUAGAAUUUUUUAUAAUUUGUUAUUAUGGUUUUAAGUACUAUUUAUAUAUAUGUUUGCUUCUUAUUACUUGUAAAACCUCUUUAAAAGAACCAGAUUACCAGAAAAUUUGGCUAAAUACUGAAAUUUUGUAUCAUCAAGUGUGUCGCUAUUGGACUGUCAGAGACUUGAUGUAUUUUGUUUUAUUUAUUGACAGGGUAGCCUCGUUUUGAUAAAAAAAAAAAAGCCUCACUUUCAUUUUAUUUUUUCUGUGUCAAUCAUCAAUUGUAGUAUUCAGGUUGAAAGUUUUACGCAUUUUAAUUUUUUUUCAAACUAAGUGAAAUAAAAAUCAAUAUAAAAGAAAUGCAUUAGGACUCUAUUAAAAAAAAUUAUAGUAUGAAAUCCACAAAGAAAUAUUCUUUCACAUUUUCUUUUUAUUAAAUGCAAAAUCAUAUCUCAAAUAUCUAGUUUCCUUUUUUUUCAGGAUUUGUAUGUUUAUAUUAUGUCUUAUAUAUGUGUUUGCUUGUGGCAUUACCAAAUCAUGUCUUUUAGUUUUAUGUAUUGAAUAAAUAUAACUUGUCA